CGUCGACAUGGCAUCGCCAUGAACCCUUCCAAAUCCGAUUCAUGUCCUCAUCAUUUAUCUUCUUACGUUGUAAGCGCAAUAACCACCGCAUCCCUGCCAUGCUUCCUCCUCAUUCACCCUGGCUGAGCGCCGCCCUCGAACAUUCCUCCGUCAUCCUCAGUCCGAUCCUCCAAGGCAUGUCCAUCACGUAUAUAUGCACUCAUCCUCAAACCAUUGGGGGGGAAUUCAUCACGGGAUAUCGGAUGCACGCGAUCCACGGCCUGGCGUGUUUUGCGGGGCAGAUCAAGGGCGAUCGGCAGGGGAUCUCCUUAUUAGCAACCUCGUCUCUCAACCUCAGGAUCAUUAUCACCUCCACGGAAUACUGCCACAUCACCAACAGGCAAUGGAUGCCCCUCAUAACCAUUUCCUUCCCUGAAAUGAAAAUGAGACCAGUUCCACGCUUAGCCCUUGAUAUGGCAGCUCGUCCCGUUCAAUCGUGUACCCCGAAUUUUUACGCUGUAGAUCCCGUGGAGCCAUAUAUUCAGACCGUCCCUCCCUUACUCCAUACUCCUUUCCAGAUCCGCAUACUGGUAGUACCAAGAUUCAAUGCAUAA